UGACAACGGCCGCAGCCAGUGAGCCUGGCGGCGGGGGCCCAGGCUCCCCAGCGCGAUGCGCCGUUCCAGCACUGAUGAGUCCACAUACCGGCGCAGCCCUUCUCCGGAGAGCAAGGAGCCGGGCUUCGCGCGCAGCGGCCCCUUUAGGCGCUGCAGCAGCUUGUACGGGCGCGCGGGCACCGGGGACGCCGGGGAUGCGGGCGGCGGCUUCUUUGGCCUGCACACGAACCCCGGCCCCAAGGCGGCCCAGGCGCGCUAUACGACUCCCAAGGGCAACAAGUAUGUGGUCUUCUACCUAGACCUCUCCUUCAUCUUCCUUCUAGAGCUGAAGCGCUGCAGCAUGGCGCGCGGCUGCCUCCAGGGCGUCAAGUACCUCAUGUUCGCCUUCAACCUACUCUUCUGGCUGGGUGGCUGUGGUGUCCUGGGCGUUGGCAUCUGGUUGGCUGCCACACAGGGAAACUUUGCCACCCUAUCAUCCUCAUUCCCAUCCUUGUCGGCUGCCAAUCUGCUCAUCGUCACUGGUACCUUCGUCAUGGCCAUCGGCUUCGUGGGCUGCAUUGGGGCCCUCAAGGAGAACAAGUGCCUACUGCUCACUUUCUUUGUGCUGCUGCUGCUGGUGUUCCUGCUGGAAGCCAUCAUUGCUGUGCUCUUCUUUGCCUACAGUGACAAGAUCGACAGUUAUGCCCAGCAAGACCUGAAGAAGGGCCUGCAUCUGUAUGGCACACAGGGCAAUGUGGGCCUCACCAACGCCUGGAGCAUCAUCCAGACUGAUUUCCGUUGCUGUGGAGUCUCCAAUUACACUGAUUGGUUUGAGGUAUACAACGCCACUCGUGUGCCUGACUCCUGCUGUCUGGAGUUCAGUGACAGCUGUGGGUUACACGCACCUGGUACCUGGUGGAAAUCGCCCUGUUAUGAGACAGUGAAGGCCUGGCUCCAGGAGAACCUGCUAGCUGUGGGCAUCUUUGGACUGUGCACGGCGCUGGUGCAGAUCCUGGGCCUCACCUUCGCCAUGACCAUGUACUGCCAGGUGGUAAAGGCGGACACCUACUGCGCAUAGGUCUCACACCUCUGCUUCUCUGCCAAAGGACCCCACCCAUGGGGAGAUGUCCAAACCCGCUUCCCAUGCAGGACUCGGUGCUCUGCUGAAUGCAGGGGGAAGAGCUUGAGGCCAAAGCACCCAGGAUCUACCCCUGCACCCAAGGGGGCCUCUGCUUGGGUGGCUGCAGUCACCCAAGUUGGUGCCAAGCAUGGCACCUAGGGCUAAGAGCCCAGGGAACUUUGACUUUUUAUGUCCAUAUAUCUUCCAGUAUUCGCACAGGAUAGGGUCCCCAGCCUUGCAUGGAUGCCAGGUUGGGGGCAGGCCCAGUCUGCUCAAGGCCCACAAUGGUCCUGGUGCUCCAGGCAGGGCCAGGUUCCAUUGAUUCACAUUCCAUGAUGGUGGCGCAGGACCAGGUGCAUCUUAAUAAAGUAUAAGCAGCCCCUGUGUCUAGCUGGACACACAAAAAUUGUACA